AUGGAUCAAACAAAAUUCUGCUGUUCAGUGUGUUUGGAUCUACUGAAGGAUCCGGUGACUAUUCCCUGUGGACACAGCUACUGCAUGAACUGUAUUAAAAGCUUCUGGGAUGAAGAAGAAGAGAAGAAAAUCUACAGCUGCCCUCAGUGCAGACAGACUUUCAUACCAAGGCCUGUCCUGGUGAAAAACACCAUGUUAGCAGAUUUAGUGGAGGAGCUGAAGAAGACUGGACUCCAAGCUUCUCCUGCUGAUCACUGCUAUGCUGGACCUGAAGAUGUGGCCUGUGACAUCUGUACUGUAAGAAAAAUAAAAGCCUUCAAGUCCUGUUUAGUCUGUCUGGCAUCUUACUGUGAGAAACACCUUCAGACUCAUAAUAUUGUUGCAGCUUCAUUCAAGAAACACAAGCUGGUGGAGCCCUCCAAGAAGCUCCAGGAGAACAUCUGCUCUCGUCAUGAUGAGGUGAUGAAGAUGUUCUGCCGUACUGAUCAGCAGAGUAUCUGUUAUCUCUGCUCUGUGGAUGAACAUAAAGGCCACGACACAGUCUCAGCUGCAGCAGAAAGGACUGAGAGGCAGAGAGAGCUGGAGGUGAGUCGACAAAACAUCCAGCAGAGAAUCCAGGACAGAGAGAAAGAUGUGAAGCUGCUUCAACAGGAGGUGGAGGCCAUCAAUCAGUCUGCUGAUCAAACAGUGGAGCACAGUGAGAAGAUCUUCACUGAGCUGAUCCAUCUCAUCCAGAAAAGAAGCUCUGAUGUGAAGCAGCAGAUCAGAUCCCAGCAGGAAACUGAAGUGAGUCGAGUCAAAGAGCUUGAGGAGAAGCUGGAGCAGGAGAUCACUGAGCUGAAGAGGAAAGAUGCUGAGCUGAAGCAGCUCUCACACACAGAGGAUCACAUCCAGUUUCUACACAACUACCCCUCACUGUCAGCACUCAGUGAGUCUACAGACUCAUCCAGCAUCAAUAUCCGUCCUCUGAGCUACUUUGAGGAUGUGACAGCAGCUGUGUCAGAGGUCAGAGAUAAACUACAGGACAUUCUGAGAGAGGAAUGGACAAACAUCUCACUGACAGUCACUGAAGUGGAUGUUUUACUGUCAGAUCCACCAGAGCCAAAGACCAGAGCUGGAUUCUUAAAAUAUUCACGUGAAAUCACACUGGAUCCAAACACAGCGCGCAUAUAUUUGUUAUUAUCAGAGGGGAACAGAAAAGUAACAUCAGUGAAACAACAACAGUCUUAUUCUGAUCAUCCAGACAGAUUCACUUAUUGGGGUCCAGCCUUGAGUAGAGAGAGUCUGACUGGACGUUGUUACUGGGAGGUGGAGUGGAGAGGGAGAGUUUUUGUAGCAGUCGCAUACAAGAAUAUCAGCAGAGCAGGGAGUGAAUGUGGAUUUGGACAUAAUGACAAAUCUUGGGCAUUAGAUUGUUACAACAACAGUUAUACAUUUUGGCAUAACAACAUCCAAAUUCCCAUCUCAGGUCCUCGUUCCUCCAGAGUAGGAGUGUACCUGGAUCACAGAGCAGGUAUUUUGUCCUUCUACAGCGUCUCUGAAACCAUGACUCUCCUCCACAGAGUCCAGACCACAUUCACUCAGCCGCUCUAUGCUGGACUUUGGCUUUACUAUUAUGGAGACACCGCUGAGUUGAUUAAAGUGAAAUAGACUGAAGUCUUUCAUAUUGUGGGUUUAAAUCUGUAUUUUAGUUUCAUUUUAUUUUCUCUCCAUCAUUUCUGCACAGAGAUCAGCUGUCAGUCAAACAUUAUGGGUGGUACCUCCACAUCUUCUAGUUGUUCUCUUGAUGUUUCUGAGUUUUUAAAGGAGAUCUUUCCUGUGACUGUUUAUGGAGGCUAUCACUGCUCAUCAUCAUUUUGAUUUACUCAAAUAUUUCUCCACAUGAAAAUGUAAACUUCUCUAUCCUCUAAAUGUUUCUGGAAUAUUUGUAUUGAAAAAUGUCGACAUUUCUCUUUAUGA